AUGGAUCUAGUGAAUGAGCCUCUGAGCCACGAGCAAGGCAAUGGAUAUAACGUGUUCUUGAGUUUUAGCAGACGCAAAGAGACUGAAGAAUCUUUCCCUUCUCGUCUCUAUUCAUCUCUAUGUAAAGCUGGAACUUCUGCUUUUAAAGAUGAGAUAUCAAGUAAACUAUUGCGAAGUAUUCGAGGUCGUAGAAUUUUCAUCAUCUUCUUCUCUAAAGACUAUGCUAGUUCCAGCAUGUGCCUCGAGGAACUUACAAAAAUCAUGAAGUUUCGUAUGCCAUAUGAUCAUAUAAUUCUUCCCAUAUUCUGUGAAGUGGAUCAGUUUGAAGUUUGUAACCAAAAAUCUGGUUUUGGAGAAGCAUUUCAAGGUCUCAUACAAAAAUUUUCACCCACUGAAAAUGAAGUGUCAAGGUGGAGGAGAGCUCUCAAUGAAGCUGGAGGCAGAAAUGAUUGGUUUCAUGUGGCUAAUGAUCUCUACUCUGUUGAUGUGGAGUUCCUUAUUCAGGAUAUUACCCAGCAUGUUUGUGAUUUAUGGGAUGAUAUCUACGACAAGUUACUUGACGUGCAGUUCCCUGUUGGAGUGGAUUCUCGUGCUCAGGAUGUGAUUACAAUGCUUCAUAACAAUAAAUCAAAACAUGUUGUCUUCAUAGGCAUAUGGGGAAUGACGGGUAUAGGCAAAACAACUAUUGCCAAAGCCAUCUUUAACCACAUUCAGUGCGCAUUUGAGAGUACAUGUUUUCUUCCAAAUGUCAGGGAACAAUUAGAGAGGAAAGUCGACCUUGUUUCAGUAAUAUGUGAAGCAACAGAUAUGAGAAUAAAUAGCAUUGAAUCAAGAAGCCUUGACUUGAAUGAAAGACAUUGCCAUAAGAAGGUACUUCUUGUGCUUGACGAUGUGGAUGAUCUAGAGCAACUGAAUACUUUAUGUGGAAGUCGUGAACAAUUUGGUGAAGGGAGUAUAAUAAUCAUUACAACUAGCGAUUUACAUCUACUUAAUGCCUUUCAAGUGGAUGAUAUAUAUUGCAUGAAACUUUUGAGCAACCAAGAGUCUCUUCAACUUCUCAGUUGGCGCGCAUUUCAACAAGCAUACCCUAAAGAAGAAUUCAUCGAUGCUUGCAAAGAAGUGGUUGCUUAUGCUGAGGGACUGCCACUGGCUCUUAUUACAGACAUUUACUCUAUUUUGGAUGAGGAGAAACUGGAUGAAUGGGAAUCCACAUUGUGGAAUAUGAACAGAGCUCUCCAUCCCGAUAUGUACAACAAACUAAGGCUUAGCUUUGACUGUUUAAAUGCUAAAGAGAAAGAAAUAUUUCUAAAUAUAGUUUUACUAUAUAUUGGAGGGGACAUAGAUGAUGUGAUCCAAAAGCUGGAUGCCCAUGGAAGCAAUGCUCGCAUUGGGAUAGGAGUCCUAGAGGAUCGAGGACUUUUAACCAUUGAUAAUAACAACAAACUUAGAGUGCAUAAUCUAUUGCAACUCAUGGGAAGGCAAAUAAUCCAUGAAACUUCACGAAACGAGCUUGAAAAUCGAGCUUAUAGGUAUGAGGUGUUCUUGAGUUUUAGAGGUGACACUCGGAAAAAUUUUACUUCACAUCUCUACACUGCUCUAUAUAAUGCUGGCAUUACUGUUUUCAAAGAUGAUGUUGAGCUUCCAAGAGGAAACUAUAUCAAAAAGGAAGUAUUGCAAGCAAUUGGAAGUUCAAAAAUUGCAAUCAUCAUCUUCUCUAGUGAAUAUGCUGGAUCUAAAUGGUGUUUAGAGGAAUUGUCAAUGAUCAUGGAGCUUCAUAGAACAAUUAAGAAGGUAGUUCUACCUUUAUUUUACCAUGUGGAUCCAUCAGAAAUUCGUCAUCAAAAUUUCAAUUUUGGCAAAGCAUUUGAAGAUCUUAUACAAAAAAGUUCACUAUCAAAAUAUCAAGUUUUGGAUUGGAAGAAAGCCCUUACUAAUGCUGGUAGCCUUGCUGGGACCGUUGUACUUAGUUCCAGGGAUGAGAGUGAAUAUGUUAAAGAUGUCGUUAGGCAAGUUUGUGAUAUAUUGGAUAAGAAACACUUGUUUGUCGCUGAGCACCCAGUAGGAGUGGAUAAUCGCGUGGAAAAAGUAAUCACAAUGCUCCAAAACCAUCUAUUUAAAGAUGUUGUCAUGAUAGGGAUAUGGGGAAUGGGGGGCUCAGGCAAAACAACUAUUGCCAAAGCCAUUUAUAAUAAAAUUGGUCAUACUUUUGAGAGUAGAAGUUACCUUUCAAAUAUCAGAGAAGUUUGGGGUCAAGAAGAGGGAAAAGUGUGCUUACAGAACCAACUUCUUUCAGAGAUAUGCAAGACAACACAAAUGAAGAUAAAUAACAUUGAAUAUGGAAAAGUCACACUGAGAUAUAGACUUUGCCAUAAAAAGGCACUGGUUGUACUUGAUGAUGUGGAUGAGUUAGAUCAGCUGAAUGCCCUAGUUGGAAGUUGUGACUCGUUUGCUCAAGGAAGUAGAAUAAUCAUUACAACAAGAAAUAAACGUCUACUCCGUAAAAUGGGUUGUCUUGUUUACUCGAUGGAAAAUUUGGAUGAUAAAGAAUCUAUUGAGCUUUUUAGUUGGCAUGCAUUCAAACAAAAAAGUCCUAAAGAAGAUUUUAUUGAACUUUCAAAAAAAAUAGUUGCAUACUCUGGGAGACUUCCAUUAGCUCUUGAAGUCCUUGGAUCUUAUUUAUUUAAUAGCGAUGACGCGGAGGAAUGGAAUGAAGUAUUGGAAAAACUUGUAGAAAUUCCCAAUGACAAGAUACAAAAGAAACUAAAAAUAAGCUUUGAUGAUUUAGAUGGUUUGGAGAAAAAAAUAUUCCUUGAUAUAUGUUGCUUCUUUAUUGGAAUGGAUAGAAAUGAAGUGACAAAAAUAUUAAAUGGCUGCAAAUUCUUUGCUGAAAUUGGAAUCAAAACCCUUGUGGAGCGAAGCCUUGUAACCAUUGAUGAGAAGAACAAGCUUGGUAUGCAUGAUUUGCUGCGUGACAUGGGAAGAGAAAUAAUUCGUGAACAAUCUCAAGAUGAGCUUGGAAAGAGAAGUAGGCUAUGGUUUCAUGAGGAUGCACUAGCUGUGUUAUUAAAACACAAGGGAACAAAAGCUAUUGAAGGACUGUCUUUGAUGUCAAAAGUUGGAACAAUGCAUUCGUUUCAGACAAAAGCAUUUGAGAAGAUGAAGAGACUCAGAUUACUUCGUCUUGAUAAUGUACAACUUAGAGGAGAUUACGAAUACAUCAGUAAAGAUCUCAAAUGGCUUUGCUGGCAUCAUUUGCCCAUGAAAUACAUUCCUAGCAACCUUUAUCAAGAGGAUUUAGUUGUUAUUGACUUACAGCACAGCAGUCUCAGACAAGUGUGGAAGGAAUCUCAGUUAUUGGAGAGUUUGAAAAUCCUCAAUCUCAGCCACUCUCCUCACUUGGUGCAAACGCCUGAUUUUUUGAAACUACCAAAUCUUGAAGAGUUAAUCCUCAAAGAUUGUCCAAGUUUGGACACUAUACAUCAUUCCAUUGGGCUCCAUCAUAAGCUUCUUCUGCUAAAUUUGGAGAAUUGUAUUGGCCUUCGAAGUCUUCCAAGAAACAUUUAUAGAUUAAAAUGCUUAAAAACUCUCAUUCUUUCUGGUUGUAAGAAUAUUGAAAAGCUUGAGGAGGACAUAGAACAAAUGGAAUCUUUGACAAUUCUAGUUGCUCCUACAUUAAAACAAGUGCCCUAUUCUUUGGUGAGAUUGAGAAGCAUUUUAUAUCUAUCUGUUUGUGGUCAUGAAGGAUUAUCAAAUCAUGUGAUUCCUUCUCUCUACCGGUCCUGGAUGUCCCCAACAAAUAAUCCACUACCUCUUAUUCCAUCACGUGCGGGCAUGCCAUCAUCAAUUUUGUGGGAUAUGCUAUACAGUAUCCAUAGUCCUUCAACAAUCCCAAGUACUGUACCAAAGCAACAAAGUCUUUUGUUAGAAGAUGGAUUGGAGAUUUCUGAUUCGUUGUGUGCCACAAAUUGUAUGGACAUCUCGAUACUUAAGAAUUGCUUGGAACAUCUUUUAAUUAACAUUGGAAAGAAUCCUCAAGUCUUUUGUACACUGUCAAAGAAGAUUUCACAGAAUCUUACAAAGUAUGGUGAUGACUGUAUUCUUCCUGGUGAUAAUUACCCCUAUUGGCUAACAUUCAAAGAUGAAGGAACUUUUGUUAAAUUUAAGGCAACUGCUUUGCUCUACACAGAAGACGAACUGAAAUCCUUGAAAGAAGAAAAGAUGAAAGAAAUAAUAUCAAAUCUGGAACCUGAUGACCAAGUGGAAGUGAAAGCAGUUUUUGGGAAUGGAUUCACUGUGAAGAAAACAGCGGUAUACUUGAUGUACUGUGAAUCAAUUGAUAAACAGAUGGAGCCUUCAACAUCUGAAGCUGUAAAUUUAACUGGCACCAAACACAAUUGUGAGGAGGAGUACGAGGCAUGUGAAUCUACCAGACCUAGAAAGGCAAUGAAGAUUUGA